CUUCUUGGGAACUAUAUAACAACCCCAACUCCCCUGUCCAUUCCAUGCGCGAUACAUAUAACUCAGUCCUCCAACAUUGGAACCCUGAGGGAAUCCUCCUCUUCUCCUUCUCUUCUCUCUUUCUACCUUUUCCAUCUUCUGUUCAAUAAUGGCGCUCCGUAGAAACCUAGGUGAUCGUCUCUUCAAUAUCAACAAAAUCUCAUCACCAAGCAAUAGUCUAGUAUAUUCUCCAUUUUCUUUUCCGUCGUCUGAACAACCGUUGAUCCCUCCCGAUCCAGCCAAAUUAAUAUUCCAUAGAGAAUUUCGCAGCAGUUCAGGUACCGGUAAGGAUGGCUUUUUCCGGAGAUUUAUUCAGAGGAGAGCGAUUGUUCAGUCGGCGUUGGUAACGCCGGAGCUCCGGUCCUUUUUGCUUGGUGACAAGUUGAUGGAGAAACUGAAAGGGAUGAACCUUAGCAAAGAUCGUCUACGAUUGGAUGGACUGAAUCCUCCGGUUAUGAGAUCAGAAUCAGAUACGGUCGACAAAAUUUCUAUAAUGGACGCGAGAAAGCUGUUGAGGUUGUCGCGGUUGGAGAGGUUGAAAACUAAGUUGGGAAGGAUUCCUAAAAACUGCAUCUCAUAUUCAGAGUUUGUUCAGAUCUGCUCCGACGGUUGCUCUACUCCCGAUCAGGGAUUGGAAUUUGCAAAGAUGUUGGAUGAAUCGGGAGCCGUCAUUGUCUUGGGAGACAUUGUGUUCCUUCGGCCGGAUCAGGUAGCAAAAGCAAUGGAGGCCAUAAUUUCUCUAUCUGUGGACCAGCCGAUGAACGACGCAAGAAGGAAAGAACUGGAAGGGAUGGAACACGAGAAAGUUGCGAUUGACCGAAAAGCAGAUGCCUUGGUUCGAAGGGAGCUAUGGACUGGACUUGGCUUCCUCUUCAUCCAGACCGCAGCAUUCAUGAGGCUCACCUUUUGGGAGCUAUCCUGGGAUGUCAUGGAACCAAUCUGUUUCUAUGUGACCUCUAUCUAUUUCAUGGCCGGCUAUACCUUCUUCAUGAGGACAGCCAAAGACCCUUCUUUCGAGGGGUUCUAUGAGAGCCGUUUUGUGACUAAACAGAAGCGGCUGAUGAAGAAUAAGAAGUUCGAUAUCCAAAGGUUUGACGAGCUUCGCAGAGCCUGUUAUUCCUUUUCGUCUGAAACUCCAUCUUCAUUAAAUCACUCUCAAAAGACUUUGAUGGGUGCAGCUCUGCAUUAUUAAAAUUCAUUUGGACAGGUUCUCUGAUGAGCCCGCAGACAAAUAAGAAAAUAUACCCUUCUCCCCAAUCCCCUCCCCCAACCCCAUAAGAAGAAAGGAGAAACAGAUUAAAAACCAAUUUUUUUUUUUUUUUCAAUUGUUAUGAUUAAUAUAUGAUUUUGAGUGUGCAACAGUAAAGGUAGGUAGUUUAUACUUAUGAUCUGGGUAAAGUGAAUUGAACCCAGAUUAUUGAUCACAA